GCUGACGUGUAAAAUUGCACUAGUUGGGUAUAAAAUCCGCUAGUGAUCUCUGUACAUGCUCGCAUUGGCAAAAUCCUGCUUGCGAGUUCGUUUAACUCCCUUUUCAACCCAUUUCAGCAGUUUGGCUACCUGCACCAUGGCCAGUCUUCGCCUGGAACCAGGAUCCUUCCUGAGCACCAAGACCGAGUUCAUUGCCGACGGGCGCAAUCUGAGCGAGUAUGACGCCCUCAUCGUGGUCGGCGAGAAAGGUGUCGGGGAUCAGCGCGCGCUGCCGCGAUUCCAGUCCGUCAACACGGCCAUCCGGAAUAUCACCGAGGUGGACUCUGCUGCUGACAAAUGCCCGGUGGUGAUUCGCCUUCCGGACGGAAAUGACUUGGGUGUGAAGCGUCUGGUGUACGCCCCGACCGGACCUCUUAACCGUGAUUACGACGACGCCCGCCGAUAUGAAGAAGCUGCCUUUGAAGGCGUUAAGCGAGCCAUUGCUGCUGGUGCACGCAAUCCGUUCGUGUACAUCGACGUCGACGAGAAGCUGAACAGCUGCCCCGUUUACGGUCAGGCUGAGUUGGUCAGUGUUCUGGGUGCCAUGCGAGCCCUCUACGUUCCCUUGGAAAUCCGCGAAACGGAAGGCAAGAAGGCCACCAAGGCCGACCGCAUCGCCUUCCAUAUGGGCAAUACCAACCGCAUGGCCGGACCGAACGUCGAGAAGCUGGCCCAUGCUCUGGAAGCUGGACGCAUCGUCACCCGUGAUAUCGGUGGCUCCGAUCCCGAGCGCAUGGCCUCUCCCCGUGUGGCGGAGUACGUCAAAGAGACCUUCUCCGGGGUCAAGGAGAUCAAGAUCGAAUACAUCACCGAUCAGAAGAAGCUGGACAAAGAGUUCCCGUUGUUGGGCGCUGUUAAUCGCGCUGCUUCCGUGAUUGACCGACAUCACGCCAAUGUCAUGAUCCUGGAGUAUGUCGGCGAAGGCGAAAUUACCGAAAACGUUUUCUUGGUCGGAAAGGGUAUUACUUAUGACACUGGUGGAGCUGAUGUGAAAGCGGGCGGUGUCAUGGCUGGAAUGCACCGUGACAAAUGUGGAGCGGCUGCCGUAGCUGGCUUUUUUCAAGGUACCCUGUCGAUCCUUAAACCGAAAGGAAUCCGCGUUGUCGGAAGUAUGUCGAUGGUGCGCAACAGCAUCGGUGAAAACUGCUAUGUGGCUGAUGAAAUUAUCACGUCCCGUGCCGGUGUACGUGUCCGUGUCGGCAACACCGACGCCGAAGGUCGCAUGGUGAUGGCUGAUCUGCUGUGCUACAUGAAGGAACGCAUCAUCAAGGAGAACAUCCACAAGAACUCUCAGAUUUACACCAUUGCCACAUUGACCGGACAUGCCGUGUUGGCUAUGGGACCGCAGUACUCUGCUGUUUUGGACAACGGACCAGCUCGCCUAGCCGGCGCUUCACGCACCCUCUUUGACCUGGGUGGCCGUAUUGCUGAGCCUGUGGAACUGUCCAGCAUCCGUCGUGAGGACUACGAAUUCCACAAGGGCAAAUCGGAGUACGAAGACGUUCUGCAGUGCAACAACCUGCCGUCGUCGCGCACUCCUCGCGGUCACCAGUCGCCGGCGGCAUUCAUGAUCCUGGCAGCUGGGUUGGACAAGCACGGCAUCGACUCCCAGGCGCCCAUUCCCUACACGCACAUCGACAUUGCCGGAUCCAGCGGCCCCUUCCCGGGUGUCCCCACCGGCACACCGUUGUUGGCCUUGGCUAUGCGCCACAUCCUGCCCCAUCUGUUCUAAGUUAUACACGAACCGUCAGCAGGAUGCUGAAGCCUGUUUCCCAAAAAUGCUUCCAAUGAUUUUUUUAGUGACUUUUACUUCGUUAUUUCAGUGUGAUUCGGUUUUCCAGUUCCCUUGAUAUGCACGUUUUCUGUUUUUUUUUAUUGUUUUUUGAGUUAGGAUAGGUAUUUAACUGUUCAGGCAUGCAUGUUUUUUUUGGGUUUAUAAAUAAAUGAUCGCAUUACAA